AUGGACUACAAGGAGCCGCCGCCGCGCCCGCCGGUGCAGCUCGCCGGCGCGGCGCGCGACGCGGAGCUCCGCCUCGCCGCGGCGCUGUCCCGCGAGGAGGUCCUCCGCCGGCGCCGGCGCCGCCUGCUGCAGCUCUGCUCCCUCUACCGCGCCCAGUUCUGGGCGCUCGCCGACGAGCUCCCCGCCCGGCACGGCGAGUACUGGUGGGAGCACGGCGCCAGCCCCGCGCUCGACGACGAACCCCCGCGCGCCCGGCUCCCGCCGUCCCUGCCGCUGCUGAAAGGGAAUGGGGCCAGUGCCGCACCGCCGGGGAAUGGGGGCCCCGUUGGGCCGCUCGAGAAUGGCUGCCGCGGUGCGGUCGCUACCCCUGCGGGCGGGAGGGCCGGGUGCGCGGCCUCGAAUUGCGAGGCCAAGGCGAUGCCCCUGUCCCACUACUGCUUCAAUCAUAUCCUCUUGGACCCCAAGCAGCAGCUCUAUCAGCACUGCCCCUUCCCCACUAGGACAAGUGGCGUGCCAAAUGGGGAAGCAAUUUGUGGAAACCCUGUUCUGAGAGGCAUUACUCCACUACGAUGUUCUGAUCAUCAUCCAAAAUCUCCGAAACUCAUCAUAGAAGCUUUGACAAAUGUAGGAAUUGACCUGCCCUUGACAAGUAAGAGUGUUCCAAAAUUGAGUCUCUUGAUUUCUGAAACAAUCCGGGAAAUUCAGAUGAAAAGAAAGCUUUCCAUUUAUGGUGGAAAGACUGCACCUUCUGAUAUGUCAUUGAAAUGAUUUGUUUGGAUCAGCCUGUGAUCUCUUUGUACAUGAUGGCCCUACAAAGAUGGGAGAUGUUUUACUUCAAAAAAAGAUGGGAGAUGUUCCAUUAUAAAUACCAGGUGUCAAUGUUCACCAAAUGUUCAAAAGAAGAAACAAUGAAUUGUUAAACUAUUGGAUAAGUUAUGGUGCAGUGAAGGAAGUUGUGCAAUUUAGAACAAUUGGCUGCUUUUAAGCUACCAUCUUUAAACCUUGAAUAGAAGAAAAAUUUUGGACUGGGCUUUCAACAGCCACAUGAGGAAUGGUAAAUAAAGUUGAAGGAAUUGAAGGGUUGUAUUGAGUCUUGGAUGAUCAGUCAGGCUACCCCAAUGAGCUACAGUUUCCUUCUAUUUAGUCUUCCCUGUGUGGGGAAUGUUCAGCAUGAAAAUUUCUUACAUAUAGUCGUAAAUUGUGGUAGUUGUUAUUAGUUUGGGGUAUAGGUAUUUAUCUUUGGGGCUGCACCCCAGCAUUCGAAAUUAGUGACUGGCAGUCGUUUGGGGCUAUAUCUAGCUUGCAAAAUGUGCAUGCAUCAUGCAUGGUUGAUUGAUUUGUGUUACUUGGGACGUCUGUUCUUGGGUUGUUUUCUUAGUCUAAUGCUCAACUCAUUCCUUGUUCAGUUGCAGCCUGUAUAUUGCUCUAUUGUUUUGGUGCCUAGCUUCUUUUAGCUUGGUGUCAAGACAGCGUAUUCUUGACAUUUAAUAUUAUCACAGCAUCUUCACUCAGUUCA